AUGUUCCCCAUCACCUGCAACGCGAUUGGCGACAUUAUUGCUGUCGUCCAGCUCAUCCGUGACAUUGCCGUAGCGCUCAAUGAUGUGCGCGGAGCCGCAGAAGAGUAUAGACAGUUUACUCGCGUCCUCACGGCCCUCGGUACCGUCAUGGCUGAGGUCUAUGGGCUCACCCUCGCUUCGCACAACGAGACUCUGAAGCAGGCUGUACUCGAAGAGGUCCAACUUUGCUGUGCCGAUAUCAAUAAUGCGCACAACAGCAUCUCCGGCUUCGAAGUCCUCGAGGAGACCUCACUGGGCCACAAACGCAACGCUACUCAACGUGCUCUCAAGAAGAUUCAGUGGCACCUUUUGCGAGCUUCCGACGUGGCCAAAUAUGCUCAACGCUUCGGAGAGAGCCAUGAAAGGCUCAACUCUUUUGUCUCCUUACUCGGACAUCAAUCAACCUCUCAUCUCCUAGAUGAGCAGUGUUCUGACAUAGUAGCAGUACAUCGUCAUCACCUACAGCUCGCGCAAGAUCAACGCCGCGCGCUUCGCGAGUCCGUCGAGGAGAUCAAGGCCGCUGCGCUCCUCGCCCUACGGGAGUCGGCGGUGCAAUCGCGCCAGCACAUAAUCGAGCAAACCCUCUCCCGCCCGUUCUUUGCUGCGCCUGACGACAGACGAGUUGCGUCUCGCGUUCAACGCGUCGCCGACCUGAUCUUCGACUCCCUCGCCCCUGACACUCCACGCGAUCAACGCGACCGAUUUCUGUCGCUGCUAGCCCCAUUCCUUGUUGCAGGCGCCGCGUUCGUGGUUCACAGUAACGUGGGCUCGCAAUGGCGGACUACGGGCCUCUGGUCCGCUAUCUGCGCUCUCGUUGUACAAGUACUUUGGCUCCAGUCGUCCACGCCAAUGCACCCAGGCUUUACUCACGGGAAUGGUGUAUUCCUGAUCGGACUACUCGGAGAGGAGAUCACUGUGCCGAACCACUUCUGCUCUUCGUACGAGUACUUUCACGAGUUCUUGAAGCUCUUUUACUCGAAGAUAUCAGGAGCGGUCAACUUUGUGCCUUACAAGCGCUAUGAGCUGUUCCAGACCGGAACGUCGCGCCUCAUCUCAGCGAGUAACUGGGCGGCUUGUAUGCAACCCGGUAUCUGCAUGGAGAUGGGCUUAUUGGACAUAUCGCACCUCCGAGGCGACGUUUUCUACUGUCCUUACUGUUACUGCAAGUACAAUACUCGCCUGAUAUCGAACGAGAUAGUCUGUAACGGCUGCUCAAGGAGGUUCCACCAGACUCUACAAGACUUUGAGGUUCUCAAAGUGGCUUGCAUGAACGCAGCAGCCACCAUUAUAGCAAGACGCCAUGACACGGAUUGGAACUCAGCUCUCUUCCAGAUGGAUGCGCCAAUAACUGCCUCGACGACAACAGCCCAGCAUACUGAUUAUGUCAAUCUCGAUGGGGCUAUAUCGUUCGCACGCAUAUGUCACCGCGUUCAUGUUGCCAACUUCCGGCCCAUAUUCGAUUACACAUCGGACCAGCUGCAAUCGGCAUCACAGCAGGUCGUGGACGCUCUGCUCUCCGAUCAGACCAUAUUUCCAAGGUCAACUCUCGUUUAUGAACUAUUCCGGGCGCACAUUCGGUCGCCCCAUCACGCGAAUCCCAAGUUACCCGCUUACAAGCACAAUCUACGAUCUGUCAUGUCUGUAUACAAGACCGCUUUGGCAGAACUCGAACAUGGCGCAGCGAUCGGUGACACUCGUGACGGUACGGUAUUCAACAAACCGAUGACGGUCGUGGAGCAAUUGCUCGUAGAAAUGGUUUCAGCACUGGACAUCUUUGUUAAUGAGCCAUCUGAAGAGAACAUCCGUCGAUGGGAGGACAUACUGAGGGACUACUCAGAUGAGUACCUAUCCCUCGACGAGCGGACUGAGCUUCAGGAGAUCGUGAAUGAUCAUCAGCACCUCAGCCGCAACCUCCGAAGAGGCUUUGGCUUCGCAUGA